AUGACUGCAAUUUUAGAGAGACGCGAAAGUACAAGCCUGUGGGGUCGCUUCUGCAACUGGAUAACUAGCACUGAAAAUCGUCUUUACAUCGGAUGGUUCGGUGUUUUGAUGAUCCCUACCUUAUUGACCGCAACUUCUGUAUUUAUUAUCGCCUUCAUCGCUGCCCCUCCAGUAGAUAUUGAUGGUAUUCGCGAGCCUGUUUCUGGUUCUUUACUUUAUGGAAACAAUAUUAUCUCUGGUGCUAUUAUUCCUACUUCUGCGGCGAUCGGAUUGCACUUUUACCCAAUUUGGGAAGCUGCAUCUGUUGAUGAGUGGUUAUACAAUGGUGGUCCUUAUGAGCUAAUUGUUCUACACUUCUUACUUGGUGUAGCUUGUUAUAUGGGUCGUGAGUGGGAACUUAGUUUCCGUCUGGGUAUGCGUCCUUGGAUUGCUGUUGCAUAUUCAGCUCCUGUUGCAGCUGCUACUGCUGUUUUCUUGAUUUACCCUAUUGGUCAAGGAAGCUUUUCUGAUGGUAUGCCUUUAGGAAUCUCUGGUACUUUCAACUUUAUGAUUGUAUUCCAGGCAGAGCACAACAUCCUUAUGCAUCCAUUCCACAUGUUAGGUGUAGCUGGUGUAUUCGGCGGUUCCCUAUUCAGUGCUAUGCAUGGUUCCUUGGUAACCUCUAGUUUGAUCAGGGAAACUACUGAAAAUGAAUCUGCUAAUGAGGGUUACAAAUUUGGUCAAGAGGAAGAGACUUAUAAUAUUGUGGCUGCUCAUGGUUAUUUUGGCCGAUUAAUCUUCCAAUAUGCUAGUUUCAACAACUCUCGUUCUUUACACUUCUUCUUGGCUGCUUGGCCUGUAGUAGGAAUCUGGUUCACUGCUUUAGGUAUUAGUACUAUGGCUUUCAACCUAAAUGGUUUCAAUUUCAACCAAUCUGUAGUUGAUAGUCAAGGUCGCGUUAUUAAUACUUGGGCUGAUAUCAUCAACCGUGCUAACCUUGGUAUGGAAGUAAUGCACGAACGUAAUGCUCACAACUUCCCUCUAGACUUAGCUGCUGUUGAAGUUCCAGCUAUUAAUGGAUAA